GACGGCUGCACCCAUGCGAGCUGCGAGCAAGAAUUCGGGGCUUCCGUCAUUUCGCACCAGUAAACAAGUUGAUAGACGUAUCGCAUCUCUUUGCCGACAAACACACAUAUCCACUGUCUUUUAAACAUGUCCAGCGGCGAUUUUUACAUUCGAUACUACGUCGGACAUAAAGGAAAAUUCGGCCACGAGUUUUUGGAGUUCGAAUUUAGACCAGAUGGCAAACUUCGUUAUGCCAAUAACUCGAAUUACAAGAAUGAUGUCAUGAUCCGAAAAGAGGCCUACGUUCAUCGUUGUGUGAUGGAAGAGCUGAAGAGAAUUAUUGAUGAUUCUGAAAUCAUGCAAGAAGACGAUGCUCUCUGGCCACAACCUGAUCGUGUUGGAAGACAGGAACUGGAGAUUGUAAUUGGCGAUGAACACAUUUCUUUCACUACAUCAAAAAUAGGCUCACUUGUUGAUGUUAAUAAUUCAAAAGAUCCUGAUGGCUUGAGAUGCUUCUACUACCUUGUACAAGAUCUGAAGUGUCUUGUCUUCUCAUUGAUUGGCCUUCACUUCAAGAUCAAGCCCAUUUAAAAAGUUAUGGGAACUUGUGUGCAUUGAGAAAAGUCUCACUUUUAUUUUCACAUGAUAGAUGUGUCUUUGGUUUUACACUAUAUUUUGUAUGAUUACCAUCUCUUGAGAAUGAAAUAUUAAGUCCUGAAAUACAUGUUUUAAUAUUA